AUGUGGUGGCUUUUGGCAGCAGCAUGCUGUAUGCUUCUCCAUGGACCCCUACACGGCUAUAAGCAGAGAAGCAUCACAAAUCCUGAAGCCAAUAUGAACAUAUUAUGGGUGUAUGCUUUUCAGAGUCAAAUUAUUUCUUACUGGGGCUAUCCUUAUGAGAAGUACGAUGUUGUAACAGAGGAUGGUUAUAUCCUUGGAACUUACCGGAUUCCUCAUGGGAAAGGAAGCUCAGAGAAAACAGUUCCGAAGGCAGUCGUGUAUCUGCAGCAUGGCUUAAUUGCAUCCGCUGGUAAUUGGAUUUGCAACCUGCCCAACAACAGCUUGGCUUUUGUUCUAGCCGAUAGCGGUUACGACGUGUGGCUGGGGAACAGCCGAGGAAACACCUGGUCCAGAAAACACCUGACACUGUCGCCAGACUCACCUCAGUAUUGGGCCUUCAGUUUGGAUGAGAUGGCUAAAUAUGAUCUUCCAGCCACGAUCAAUCUAAUCCUAGAGAAAAGUGGACAGAAGGAGCUCUUCUAUGUGGGCCACUCACAGGGAACCACCAUAGCAUUCAUAGCAUUCUCUACAAAUCCAGAACUGGCUAAAAAGAUUAAGAUAUUUUUUGCACUAGCUCCAGUGGUCACAGUAAAAUACACUCGAAGUCCUAUGAAAACAUUAACCACCCUUUCCAGGCAAGCUGUCAAGGUAUUGUUUGGUGACAAAAUGUUCUCCACUCACACAUUGUUUGAACAAUUCAUUGCGACCAAAGUUUGCAACCGGAAGAUAUUCUAUCCUGCAUGCAGCAACUUCCUGUUUUCUCUCAGUGGAUUCGAUCCCCAGAACUUAAACAUGAGCCGCUUGGAUGUUUAUAUGGCACAGAGUCCUGCAGGAACGUCUGUUCAGAACAUGCUGCACUGGGCCCAGGCUGUCAAUUCUGGUCAACUCCAAGCUUUUGACUGGGGCAGUGCUGACCAGAACAUGAUGCAUUUUAACCAGCUUACACCUCCUGUGUACAAUAUCAGUAAGAUGAAGGUCCCAACAGCAAUGUGGAGUGGAGGACAUGAUGUUGUGGCAGAUUCUAGGGACACUGUAAACCUGCUGCCUAAAGUUGCCAACCUUAUUUACUACAAGGAUAUCCCACACUACAAUCAUAUGGAUUUUUACCUCGGACAGGAUGCACCCCAGGAAAUUUACCAGGACCUAAUUAGACUGAUGGAAGAAUAUUUGCAAAAUUAA